AUGCCUCCCAAGAAAGCCGCUGGCGCUGCUGCUGCCACCAAGAAGUCGGCCGCCGCCGCUCCCGCCCAUGCUUCCUACAAGGAUAUGAUUAAGGAGGCUAUCCUCAAUCUCAAGGAGCGGAAUGGUAGCAGCCGUCAAGGCAUCAAGAAAUACGUCAAGGCCAACAACACCAUCACCACUACCUCUGAGACUCAGUUCGACUCUCUCUUCAACAAGGCUCUGAAGUCCGGUGUUGAGAAGGGUGACUUCUCCCAGCCCAAGGGCCCUUCUGGACCCGUCAAGCUGGCUAAGAAGGAGACCAAGCCUGCGGAGAAGAAGGCUGCUGCUCCCAAGAAGGAGAAGACUGAGACCAAGCCCAAGGUUACCAAGGCAAAGGCCACCACUACCAAGAAGGCUGCUGCCCCGAAGACUGCCACCACCAAGAAGGCUCCCACCAAGGCCAAGGCUGCUGCGAAGCCAAAGGCCAACACUGCGACUAAGAGAGCGCCCAAGGCCAAGGCUCCCAAAACCGAGAAGCCUGCUCCCGCAGUGCAAGAAGUCCCUACCGUUCUGAAGAAGACUAGCUCUGGCCGCGUCAGCAAGCAGAAGACAACAUCAGGUGCUACCAAGAAGGCUCCUGCGAAGAAGGCUGCCGCUCCCAAGAAGAAGGCCACGUCCAAGAAGGCCGCUGCAUGA